AGAAAGAACAGUCUAACAGCAUUCGUGCCCGAUAUUUCUUUUGGCAUCUCCAUCUUCCAUCGCAGAUAGCUCCUAAUGUCCCAGCAUGCUCUUCUCGUAAUCUCAUUAAUGGCUAUGGUAAAGCCAGGAGAUUCAAAGAAGAAAUAAGCGUUGAGAGAGAGAGAGAGAGAGGGAGAGAGAGAAGAGAGAGAUUUAAUGAUUUAUAACCUCGCUUUAUUUGCCCUUCCCUAUUUGGCUGCGUUCCGUUUACCAUAAAGAUUCCUUUGUCAUAACCCUUUCCAUAUCUGUUUUUGCUAACUUAUCGCUUCUCUCCACUUUCUGAUUGCUUACAAACCCUACUGCCAUAGUAUUCCUCUCUCUCUUUCACGCACUGCCCUGUAUCUGGAUUUGGGAAAUUCGUUUAUUUCCUAAUAAUUUUACUUCAAACUAUGGUUUUUUGUUUCAAUUCAAAGCCUUGGGAGGAAAAAAGACUGACUUGGAGGAUCUGCUCAAGUAGGCUUUCUUGGCCCCUAAGGGUUGAAAGUUGAAAUCCGCUUUCUUUAGUGUUUGUAUUUUUACCCUCGAAGGAUUUGGUUUGGUCAUCUCUCAGCUUUUCUUUACCUGGUUCGCGCUUCUAGUCCAAGGUCUUGGUGAAGAUGACCGUUGAGGAGAAGAGAGGGAUCAUGGGGAGAGAAGAAGGCCCUGGAGAUAACUUUCCCGUUGGAAUGCGCGUGCUUGCCGUGGAUGAUGAUCCUAUCUGCUUGAAGGUGUUGGAGACUCUGCUGAUUCGCUGCCAAUACAAUGUUACAACGACGAAUCAGGCAAUCAAGGCCCUGAAUAUGUUGAGGGAGAAUAAAGACAAGUUUGAUCUGGUUAUUAGCGAUGUUCACAUGCCCGACAUGGAUGGAUUUAAGCUUUUGGAGCUGGUGGGCCUUGAAAUGGACCUCCCUGUUAUAAUGUUGUCUGCCAAUGGAGAAACCAAAGCAGUAAUGAAGGGGAUAACUCAUGGGGCGUGUGACUAUCUACUCAAACCAGUUCGAAUCGAAGAGCUCAAAAAUAUUUGGCAGCAUGUUGUGAGGAGGAGAAAGUUUGAUCGCAAGGAGCGUCGUAGUCUUGAUAAUGGGGAGGACUGUGAGAAACUCCAAGCUGCAAAUUCUGAAGGUACACAAGCUACUGAUGCCAAUGGACCUGUGAAUGACAAUGGAAAAGUUAAUAGGAAGAGGAAGGAACAGAAUGAUGAAGAUGAAGACGACUAUGAAGAAGAUACUCAUGAAAGUGAAGACCCAUCAAGCCAGAAAAAGCCAAGGGUUGUUUGGUCUGUUGAGCUUCACCGCAAAUUUGUUGCUGCUGUCAACCAAUUGGGAGUUGAAAAGGCUGUUCCUAAGAGGAUACUAGAUAUUAUGAACGUUGAUAAGCUCACAAGAGAGAAUGUUGCAAGCCAUUUACAGAAAUAUAGGCUCUACCUUAAAAGACUAAGUGCAGUGGCUAGCCAGCACGCUAACAUGGCUGCUGCUCUAGGAGGAAGAGAUACCUCAUAUCUACAUAUGGGGUCAUUUAAUGGUUUCACGAAUUUUCAUGGCUUGACUCCAUUCCAACCAAGUGGAGUGUCAAAUAGAACAAACCCAAAGUUACCAGGUCUGCCUGGACUUGCUCCUGGAAUGGUUCAAAUCGGUCAAACUCGGCACAGCACAAACAUUCCCAUGAAUGAUCUCUCUAAGUUUCAGCAUAUAGCUGUUCCUGUAAACCAACAUGAGAAUUUGUUUCAGGGUAUCCCAACAUCAUUGGAGCUAGACCAUCUACAACAAAAACAAAAAGGGAUAAAUGAAUUGAAUAACCACUUGCAAGGUGUUUUCUCUGGUGCCUCCAACAGCAAUUUGAUUUGCGCAACAAACAAAUCUUUGUUAUUGCAAGGACAUCAUCAGCAAACACAGUUGAGGGAGAUAGGCAAUCAACCUCCAGUUGCAAUUCGAUCGACUGGUGUAGAUCGACUUGAAAUGGGCAGUGUUGUGUCUGCUCAUUUGCCUGAUCUUAGUAAAUGCAGCGAAACAUGGCAAAAUACUCCGUCGUUGAAUGUGUAUGGUGUCAACAGUUUGUCUACUGGAGUACCCUAUAAUGAUGAUAGUAUGAUUUCGAGCAACAUGGGAACUUCCCUCGCUUCAACAGUUGCACAGUUGCAUGGAAACCCUUUGAAUAUGUCCUCAAAAAACUUAUUGGUAACAACUCAGGAUUCUUUAAUUCGACGUGACAUGCAAUGCCAAACUAGUUCACUUGGUGGGACUACAUUACUUAUGUCUUCAGGAAUCGCAGACCCAAAAUUCUUAAGUUUCAAAAGUUCAGGAAAUGUUGAGCAGAAAUCAAAUGAUCCUAAACAGCAGCAGAAUGCCCUUGGACCAAAUAUGGCAUUCAGUUCUUCCUGUAACUCUACAUUAUCAAAUCAGACCCUUCUCAAUAAUGUUGCUGAAACUCAGAGGUUGAAAAAUCGAAUUUAUAACAAAAAAAUGGAUACAAUUAUGAUAAACCAGCCAAGUUUAGAUACUGCAUUCAUCACACAAUAUGCCAAGACGGAUAAAUCACAUUGUGAUAAUCGGCUUACAUUUUGUGAAGAUAACAUGUUUGGGUCAUCAAAGAUGCAGGGUGACUUUGUCUCAAAUAAUUGCAACUUUGAUGACCUAAUGAAUUCAACGAUCAAGCCGGAGAGAGAUGACAUCGGAUUCGUCGUCGAUGGAGAAUUAGGCUCUGAUCUCUUCUCUUUGAGCACUUGCUUAUGACAAUCUUCAUAGAAUGGUGUUCGAGCUGCAGGAUGACUUAUCAAGUCGACAUGUUUUAAACUUCGAUGAGUUGUUUGGUCCACGACCUUUUUCCCAUUUCUCUGCUGUAUAGCCAGCCAUUAGAGGAUAGCAGGAAAACUGUGAGCUCUUUGUUUAAUAUGUUGUUUUCCUUAGAAUUUUGUACUCGACUAGUUUUUAUACUGAUAUGAUGAUUCCAGGCGUCUGCUUUGGGCUUGUGGUCAGAAGCUUGAACAGAGAGCUAUGAAACUUCAUAAUGGAGUGUUAAAUUCUUUUUUUCCUUUCUCCCAAAGGUUAAAUAAUGUAUUUAAAUUUUAAUCUUA